UCAGCCUUGUUCUGUCACAAACAAAAAAGGAUUAAAAUGUGUCGGUUCUGGCUGCUAUUCUGUCUCCUGCUUGCCUUGAAUAGUGCUUGGAGCGAGCGUCAGCGCAUUAAAGUCAUUUGCACCUUUCCUCCCGAAUAUGGAAAAUGUGGCGGACGACGCCUCAUGUGGCACUACAGUCCCAUUAAUAGAGCUUGCGAAACCUUCUUGUAUUCAAAUUGUGGCGGUAAUCGAAACCGAUUUUUCGACAAGGAGGCCUGCGAGGAGUUCUGUGGCGUAAAAAGACGAAACUGGCAUAAUAUUUUAGUCGAGGGUCGCCGGAUUUAUCGUUGAUUUUUAUUCAAAUAUCAACGAUUGCUUAGCUAUUGGAUGUGUGAUUGAGUUUUAAGAAAAUAAAUUAUUUAAGAAAACUUAAUCAUA